AUGCCAUCUGUUUAUUACAAUGCACCACCCCCGCUGGGCCAUCAAUCGACUCACGAGCAAUUUGGGCCAUAUUUUGGGAUAAAUCCUGCUAAACCAAUACAUGUCCCAGAUUUAGACAAUCCAAAAGAACAAGAAAAACUAAGAAAUGACUCGUCACAAACAGGAGAAAAUGAAAAAGACCAGAAAAAGUAUGAUCUGUUGGAAGAACGUCUUCGUGCUAUCGAAGGAGUUGAUAGGUUUGGUACCAUGGAUGCAACCGAGCUAUGCUUAGUGCCGGAUGUAUUGAUCCCUGCCAAGUUCAAGGUUCCAAAAUUUGAAAAAUAUGACGGAACAAAAUGUCCCAUGGCACAUAUUACCAUGUAUUGUCGGAAGAUGGCUGCACAGUCUCACGAUGAUAAGUUACUGAUCCAUUUUUUCCAAGACAGCUUGAUUGGGUCAGUUGCUCGGUGGUACGUACAGCUAGAUCGAAAUCGUAUUAAGACUUGGAAAGACUUAGCAAGAGCCUUCAUAGCCCAAUACAAGCAUGUGGCUGAAUUAGCCCCUAAUCGGUUGUCAUUGCAGACUAUGGAAAAGAAACAAAGCGAGAACUUCAAGGAAUAUGCCCAAAGGUGGAGAGAUAUAGCAGCGCAAGUUCAGCCACCUCUCACUGAUAAGCAGAUGACUGUUUUGUUCAUAAAUACGCUCCGAGCUCCAUUCUAUGAGUGCUUGAUCGGCAAUGCCACAAAAAACUUUGUAGAUUUGGUCUUAUCGAGAGAAAUAAUAGAAGGAGCUAUCAAAAGUGGAAAAAUUGAAGGGCAUGAAGUUGCCAGCUCAAAGAGAGGGAACACGCCCAAGAAGAAAGAAGGGGAUGUGCAAGCAGUCGCUCAAGACAGCCAACAAGCCCACAACUUUAACCCAUAUUACCUGUAUACCCCAUACCAACCUUCCUAUUCGAACAUAGGCAAUAUCACACAAAACCCAUAUGUGUACCAACCUGCCCCGCAACCGACAUUUCAAACCAAUAUUCUUCCACAAACUCCACCACUAAGACCGAUAGCUUCAACCAAUAAUCCUGGUCAUGGUCAAAGAGGACCUAAAACUACCCUAGAAAAACCAAAGUUUGAUCCUAUUCUAGUCCCUUACACUACAUUGCUGCCACAACUCAUAGAAAAUCGACUCCUUGCUCGAACCCCUUUAGAACCACUUCGACCACCUUUCUCGAAAUGGUAUGACCCGUAUGCACAUUGUGAUUACCAUUUUGGAAUUCAAGGGCACUCCAUCGAGAAUUGUACUGCUUUAAAACAUAAAGUUCAAGCACUCAUUAAGGCAGGACUUUUAAAUUUUACCAAAAAAGACAGUUCAAGUGUUGAUGGGAAUCCCUUGCCUAACCAUGGAGGUCCGACAGUGAAUGCAAUACGUGAAGGGAUGAUUCGAAGGGUGAAAAAGAAUGUUGACGAGAUUCGAACACUGAUGGAUAGAGUGUUUGAGGCGUUGUCCAAAAUCAAAGCCAUCACUCCAGAACCGAUAGAGAUAAAAGAAGUAGAACAUGAUCCCACCCUUUCUUGCAAAUUUCAUAUGGCGGUUGUUGGACAUUCCAUUCAAAAUUGUGAUGGCUUUCGCCUUAAGUUGCAAGAGUUGAUGGAUUUGUCAGAAAUCAAGUUUUAUGAAGAAGGUGAGGAGGAAGAAUUUAGGAAAAAGACAAUUCCCUUCUUGUAUGAAACCUUUCGAUUCGUGGGGUGCAAGGCAUCGGACGAGGUCAAUCAGGUACCACGGAUGUUUGGUGAGCUAUCAAUCCAUAUGAUCAAAGGUGAAGAACCUAACGAGAAGAUCCCUAUGGUGUAUCCAGUACUGCUAGGAGAAGAGCUAAGCAAUUGGACAGCCACAGAAUUGCCCAUCAUCUUUAAGUCUUCAGAAAUGUAA